CUCUGGCAUCGAUAUUCGUUGACCCGAUUACUUCUGAACAUUGUUGAGCACCCAGUACACGCUAGUCUCCAACUAAAUUCCCCCUACCUAAUCAUCUCCAUCGUGAACUGAGUCAUAUUAUGGAUGAAGACAUGAACAUGGACUCUGGCGCAGGCCCUGGCCUCCAACCGGCCUUUGUCGAGCAGCCGCAGCAAAGUGUCGAUGCAGGAUACCAGGGAGCAGUUGACCCUGGGCGGAAACAGCUCGAUCUGGUGUUCGUGCAGGACUGUACAGGCAGCCAAGGGAGCUACAUAUCGUCUGCGACCAAGAACAUCGAGCAAAUUUGCGCACACAUAUUUGAGUCUGGGAAACUGCAAAGCCAAGAGGAUCUACGUGUGGGGCUGGUCGCUUUUAGAGAUCACCCGCCGCAAGACCAUACGUAUAUUACGAAGAAUUUUGGAUUUUCGUCGGACAUUAGUAAGGUACACAAAGAUUUGUCGGGCCUGUAUGCCUCUGGAGGAGGGGAUGGGCCAGAGGCAGUUACGGCGGCACUGGCGGAGGCCCUGAAUAUGGAUUGGAGGGAAUACGCAAGCAAGAUGGUGGUCCUCAUCGCAGAUGCACCACCCCAUGGUAUUGGAGAGUACGGAGACGGUUUUGAUGAAGGGUCUCCUGAUGGGUUCGAUCCUUUGCAAUUGGCGCGUCAGAUGGCCGGGCGUGGAAUUACUUUGUUCUUCGUUGCUUGCGAGCCUGCUCUCAGCGGGUAUUCGUACGCGACGGAUUUCUAUCAAGCGAUCACGAAUAUCACUUCUGGCCUUAUGCUUCCAUUGACCACGGCGGACCUGUUGGCUCAUGCUAUUGUCGGAAGCGUCCUGGAAAAUCUCGAUAUGGAACGCCUCGUGAGAGAGGUCGGACAUGCUGUUGCUCAGCGAAUUCUUGGCAACAACGAAAGCGUAGAUGAUGUAGCCCGUGAGCUGCACGAAAAGCUACUGCUUCGAAAUGAAAGCACAAAGAAAGUCGUGAUUGAAAGCAUAUACAAGGACUCGGAAGAGGCGAGGCAUAAUGUGAACGUUUUCACGCAAGCUCCUUCUCUAACUGAGGCUCGGCCGUUGCUCAAGAGGGUGCAUGGCACGCGAUUUACGGAUAAAUACCUACAAGCACGCCAAGCAUACACGCGAUCCAGUUAUUCACCUUACGGCUCUAUUCCUCCCCGACCUACCCCAGUCAAGGCUCCUGCCUCUCCGACGAAAGCUGUUCCUGGAUCUCCUCCGCGGAAGGUUGUGACAAACUUUGCAUCGUUUGGAGCAUCGCCGACUGCCAGCGUAUUCGGUACCGCUGUUGCUUCGACACCGUUUUCACUUGCUGGUGGUAAGGCCGCAUUCGGAGGCAUGAGAGGCGGUGUCGCUCGUCCAACGUUUGACGAAGAAGAGGAAGAAGAUGACGAUGGCAGACAAAAGGUAGAGCUUCGCGAAGACUCUAUAUCACUCGACCAGGCCAGGCGUAUUGCAAUGCAAAGUGCAUGGAGGAGUGCCCGCGCCUGAAGUCUACCACAUGUUUUUUUUUUUUUGAUUUUCACCUGUCGUUCAAGUUUCCCUUCACGAGCUGUAUAAUAUGUGCAAGCUUAUCCCACCCAUCUCAUCACGUAGCGCACACAAACAGACCACAUUCUCUUCUCUUUGGAAAGCGUUGAUCGUUGUUAGAGGUAGCGGUCGCAUAAUGAAAACGCACUGUUACGCCUA